CUGAUUAUCUCUAACUCACCGUAUGUACGAUAUUCAGAAAAAUUAAGUAACAAUUUUGGAAAUUAAUAAAGUUCACUCACUGUUGACAACUUAAAGCAGUAAAUAGAAUUUGACUAUGUCGCUGGCGUGUCAUUUGCAAGUGGCAUGUGCUCAUAGGUUAGAUUUUUAGAAUUGCUCAUCGGUUCAAUUUAUGUAAACUUACAUUAUGGAGAAUGGAGGUUUCGAAGUAAGAGUAAUUGACGGAGAAAAGGGAAAAGGACUUUUUGCUGUUCGUUCAUAUAAAGAAGGUGAUAUCAUUUUUGAAGAAAAGCCAUUUGUGUCGUGUCAGUUUUCAUGGAAUGCUGAUUAUGGGUAUCUAGCAUGCGACAAUUGUAUGAAACCUCUUGAAAAUGCUGAAGAAAAUGCUCGACGUCUAUGUGGGAAAAAGGAUAUUAUUUUAUCCCAUAUGGAAUGUUGCGAAACUAAUAAGGAACUAAUUACAGAAUGUCCAUUAUGUGGAAUACAAUACUGUAGCAAAGACUGCCAGAAUGAAGCGUUUCAAAGAUACCAUAAAAUACUUUGUUUACAAUCGAGGGAUAAAAAUGAUGCUCAUCCUUUAGUACAAUUAAAUGAGACAUGGAAGCAAAUGUACUACCCUCCUGAAACAGCUACUGUUAUGCUAUUGGCAAGAAUGGUUGCACUAAUAAACCAAGCAACUGAUAAGUCAGCAAUAUUGUCUACGUUUUCUCAAUUUUGCCAUCGAACUACGAGUGACUCCCAAGAGAUUGCACAUAAUUUACUUAGAGAUGAAUUUGUUGGACAAAUUGACGUACUUAGACAAAUGAUGCAAAAUGCACUAAACACUGAAAAUGUGCCAGAGUGGUUUACACCAGAAGGGUUUAGAAGCUUAUUGGCUCUCAUAGGCACAAAUGGUCAAGGCAUUGGUACCAGUGCGUUUGGCUGCUGGGUAAAAAAUGUAUCUGCUUUAGAAAUGCCAAGAGAUGAAAGAAUUCAAGUUGAUAAGUUAAUUGACCGAAUUUACAAUGAUAUGGAAGAAGUGGUUGGAUCAUUUUUAAACAAUGAGGGCUCUGGUCUGUAUGUACUGCAGUCAGCAAUAAAUCACAGUUGUGUACCAAAUGCAAUCAUUGAAUUUCCUUAUUCUAAUAGUACACUUGUACUGAAAGCAAUGCGAGAUAUCCAACCUGAUGAAGAAAUCUGUAUUACUUAUUUGCACACUUGUAGUUUGGAAAGAAGCAGGCAUUUUCGCCAGAAAGCAUUAAGUUCGUACUACUUGUUUGUUUGUCGAUGUGACAAGUGUCUAAAACAAGCCGAUGAUCCAGAUGUUACAUCGUCCGAUGAUGACGAUGAUGACGAAGAAUAUGAUGACAUGUCUGACUGAAUCUAAUAUUUGCAUGCAGUUCUGACUCCAUUGUUUCACAAUAUUUUAUAAGCAUUGUUUUUUCAGGCGUUAGCCAAUAACGUAAAUAAAGAAUCAUACCUAUUA